UUUAUGCCACUUCCCUUUUUCUGUGUUUGACGGUUUGACCUCUAUGCUGAAAGCCUGAAACACAGAGUCGAACAUAGAAGAAUAAGAAAUGCUACACCUACAGCGCCGCGUUGGAGCAGCCGCCAUCUCGGCCGCACGCAGCUUUACAGCGGUUGCGGAGGCUUUGACGGCGGAUAAUUCCGGCAACAAAGCCACUGCAGAAACCUCUCCUUAUUCCUCUUCAAGUGGUACGUUGGGGAAAAGGCUGUUCGCACUGGUACACCCAAAACGCAGCGCGGUGGUCACUAUUAGUCAAUGGAAAGAGGAAGGCCAUACCGUUCGCAAGUAUGAGCUCAAUCGUAUUGUUCGUGAGCUUCGUAAACUCAAGCGCUUCAAACACGCCCUUGAGAUUAGCGAAUGGAUGAGAACUCAAGAAGAUAUAAAGUUGUUAGCUGGAGAUUAUGCUGUCCAUUUGGACCUGAUUGCUAAAAUACGCGGUUUGAACAGUGCUGAGAAGUUUUUUGAAGAUAUGCCUGAAGCGAUGAGAGCUGAACCAACAUUUUCCGCACUGUUGCACACAUAUGUACAGCAUCGUGCCCAUGAUAAAGCUGAGGCGUUGAUGGGUAAGAUGGUUGAGUGUGGUUAUGUAAACAACCCCCUUCCUUAUAAUCACAUGAUGUCCAUGUACAAGGAGAUUGGAAAGUUGGAGAAGAUUCCUGAGCUGAUGAAGGAUUUGAAAAAGAAUACAAAACCAGAUAUUGUCUCAUACAAUCUAUGGUUAACCAUAUGUCAGUUUCAGAAUGAUGUUAAAGCUGCAGAAAGUGUUUUCCUUGAAAUGAAGAAAGCCAAAAUUGAGCCUGAUUGGAUGACAUAUAGCAUAUUAACCAGUUUGUAUAUAAAGAUGGAAAUGAAUGGCAAAGCCGAGUGCUCUUUCAAGGAAAUGGAGAGUAGGAUAUCCCGCAAAAAUCGAUCUGCAUACUCUUCUCUUAUCAGUUUGUAUACAAAUUUUGGAAAGAUAGAUCAAGUCCAUAAUGUAUGGAAGAAGAUGAAGUCAUUGUUCCGCAAAUUGAACGAUUCGGAGUACAUAUGCAUAAUAGCUUCCCUCAUAAAGCUCGGGGAACUGGAGAAGGCUGAGGAAUUUUACGAUGAGUGGGAGUUAGUUUCUACAACUGGUGACUGCCGUGUCCCUAAUUUACUAAUUGGGGCUUACAUCAAUAGAAACCGUGUGGAAAAGGCUACAAAGUUUUUUGAUAGGUUUACACAGAGAGGCAUAAAACCUAGUUACACCACAUGGGAGCUUCUCACAUGUGGUUAUCUAAAGCUUAAACAGACAGACCAAGUUCUAGACUCCUUUGAAAAAGCUGUAAACAGUGUGAAGAAAUGGGAACCGAAUUUGUCAUUCAUCCAUGAGAUUUAUAAGCUUUUAGAGGAGCAGGAGAACAUUGAGGGAGCUGAAAAGAUGCUUUUCUUGCUUCGUAAGGCUGGGUAUGUAACCACAGAGAUGUACAAUAUGUUGCUCCGAACUUAUGCAAGUGCUGGGAAGAUGCCACCUAUAAUUGAAGAAAGGAUGACAAAGGACAAGGUUUUAUUAAAUGAAGACACCAAGGAGCUCGUUAGGCUAACUAGUACAAUGUGUGUUGCUGAUGUUUCCAGUUGUUUAUCUUGACCUUUAUUUAGUGAAGAAAUGUUGAAAAACAUCACAUUAAAAGGUUAGAGUAAUUCAUCUGAAAAAGUGUUACAAAAUGUAAGCGAAAGCUUCUGCAGCGAGUAGUGUUGAUUGACCAGAAUUUGAGGGGCUCAAAGAGUGUGACUUCAGAAGAGGGUUUCGGGGCAUUUUCAACUGUUGUGGAUUCAGUUAGUUAAGAUAGCUACUGAUUAUUUGGUACUUGAAAUCAUGCUUUAUUAAGUUUUUUGACCCAUCAUGCCUAUAUGCAUUUGAAAACACUGAAAUCAUGUCUUAUAAAUGCAAAAAUACUGUCAAUAAAAGUCUCCAGUGAUCUGAAUUGGGGAUUGCUCGAGUUACUGAAUUACAAUUUUGAUAGUUUGCAUGAUCAA